AUGGACCCCGGGAAUUCUCACGUGGAAUGGAGGCUGCUCUACUGGAUCCUUGGACUUGAAUUGAUCCUUCAACUGUCUUGUGUACGAGUUGGGUCGCAAUUCGGUGAUCUGGGUGCACUUCACCAACUUUUGGUUGAUCAACCCAAUAUACUAAGCGAAGAAGAGUCCAACUAUGUUGGUAGUCAAUCUUGCGAGAUUAAGGUGGUGAGAACCAAUAUUUCAUGUGUAUCAAGUACAAAGGUGGAAACUUUUGAAUUUUCUUUUCAAAACAGUAUGAUAACAUACCCCAUAUCCAAAGCUUCUCUAAAAACUGGUGAACUUGACUACAUAAACGGAGCUAACAUUAUUCGAUAUCAUAUCGUCGAAAACUUUCUGGGACUACCUGCGAUCACCGUUCCCGUUGGCUAUGACAAAGCUGGUUUGCUAAUUGGCCUUCAAUUCAUAGGGAAGCCAUGGUCAGAACCCACUUUAAUGCACAUAGCUCUUGCAAUGCAGGCAUUGUGCAUCACAGAUUACAGAAAACUAAAAGUUUUCUAUGAUAUUCUUGACUAG